AUGACGGGUCGAUCAGGUCAAACCUUACUUGCGGGCCAAGGCUGGAUUGCAACCCACCGCCUGAACACUCUAAAUGAAAGGACCCUGUCCAGAAGAAUUUCAAAUCCCUAUUUGGAAACUCCUUCAAAUAAGAUUUAUGGAGAAAGUUCUUCCUGUGCUGGGAGAGCUCUCAGGAAUAUUUUUACCCUACAAGCAUCUGACCUGAUUAAAGACAGGGUGUACCUUACUGGCAUUUGCAGGAGAAGCUGUGUUGGAUCAGAACUGGUGGACUGGCUUUUGGAGCAAUGCCCUUUUGUUAAGAGCAGAUCUACAGCAGUUGGAGUGUGGCAGCUCCUUCUGGAUAUGGGCAUUAUAUUAUCAGUGGACAGACAACUCUAUUUUCAAGACACUCAUGCUUUCUACCAGUUCUCAGCGGAUGAAUGUACCUAUCUUUUCUGUGAAUUUGAGAAAGAGGAGGAAUGGAAAAAUGGAGUAAAGCUCCUACUUCAACUGCUGCCAUUGUCUCCCCCCAGGAUUGACAUGUGUAAUCUGCCUGAUCAAAAAAUAGAAGAUACGGCAGAAACCAACGCUGAAAUUCUUGCUCGUCUCACUUCUGCGGUACAGAGAGAACUGGCUGCUGUCAUUGCCUUGAAAGCAAGGAAGUCAGCUAUCUGUCAAAAUGAGGAAAACAGCAGUCAAGAAAUAAGAGGACUAGAAGAGCUCAAGGAUACCUCUGAUGCACAGGCAGGAGUUUUAUGCAAGCUUCAGGGAAGAGAUGACAUCGGACGGAUUGAGCUGGUCCAGAAGCUGGCGAGAGAGAACUGCCAGUUUUUGCAGGCGGAUAGAAAAUCACUGGAGAAGGCAGAACAAAGAGAAGGCCUCCUCAGUUGUCCUUGCCAAGGUGGUAGCUCUCUGUCAGGCUGUCAAACUUACCCACUAAUAGCUAUGAAGAGUGUGUGCUCCAAGAAAAGGAAAACCAAAAUGCAUAGCCUUCAAUUGUUUUAAGAAGACAUUUUUCAUUAUCCAACAGAA